UGGUGCCUCCCUCUUUAAGACACCCAGGCCUCCUGUUCCACCCUCCUACUAGCCCCCCCCCCCCUCACAGCGCCGUCCAUACCCUCACAGGUAAAGCCCCUGUUGCAGAUGAGAUCCCACUACCCGCACCCAGAUCCUUCCCUUCUUCCCUCCCUCCCUGGCGCCCAUUAGCUAGCCCAGGCCGUGGGGGCGGUGGCUGCGGAGUCUCCUCUCUGUGCCAGGCCCGGCCCCCGGAGACGCACCUGUUCUGACCUGCUUAGCAGGUUCCCAGGUUUCUGCCUUCGUUGUUGGCCACGGCGUGGGAAGCAGCUCUGGGGGAGCUCAGGGCUCCCCGAUCACGGCUUCUUGGGGGUAGCCACGGCUGGGUGGGUAGAACUGGGGCCUGGGUCCCCUAGUGGAGACCCAAGUGGGACAGGCAGGUCCGUCAGUGCCUGGGGACUCCGUGACUUCCUGCCUUCUGGGUCAGAGCUUUACACAGCUCCAGAACCGGCUCCCAGGGAGAACUCCGUGGAACCUCAGAAUCACUGGGCAGGUCUGCUUUUUCGGCCAAUGCCCCUGUCCCUGGGAGCCGAGAUGUGGGGCCCUGAAGCCUGGCUGCUGCUGUUGUUCCUGGCAUCGUUUACAGGCCGAUGCCCCGCGGGUGAGCUGGAGACCUCGGACUUAGUGACAGUGGUGCUGGGCCAGGACGCAAAACUGCCCUGCUUCUACCGAGGGGAUCCGGAUGAGCAGGUGGGGCAAGUGGCAUGGGCUCGGGUGGACCCAAACGAGGGCCCCCGGGAGCUGGCCCUACUGCACUCCAAAUACGGGCUUCAUGUGAGCCCCGCCUAUGAGGACCGCGUGGAGCAACCACCGCCCCCACGAGACCCUCUGGACGGCUCCGUGCUCCUGCGCAACGCUGUGCAAGCUGAUGAGGGCGAGUAUGAAUGCCGAGUCAGCACCUUCCCGGCCGGCAGCUUCCAGGCACGGAUGCGGCUCCGUGUUCUGGUGCCUCCCCUGCCUUCACUGAAUCCUGGCCCACCCCUGGAGGAGGGCCAAGGCCUGACACUGGCGGCCUCUUGCACCGCGGAGGGCAGCCCAGCUCCCAGUGUGACCUGGGACACCGAGGUCAAAGGCACACAGUCCAGCCGCUCCUUCAAGCACACCCGCUCAGCAGCUGUCACUUCAGAAUUUCACCUGGUGCCUAGCCGAAGCAUGAAUGGGCAGCCACUGACCUGUGUGGUGUCUCACCCUGGCCUGCUCCAGGACCAGAGAAUCACCCUCACCCUCCAAGUGGCCUUCCUUGCAGAGGCCUCUGUGAGAGGCCUGGAGGACCAGAACUUGUGGCAUGUUGGCCGAGAAGGAGCUACACUCAAGUGCCUGAGUGAAGGACAGCCCCCUCCCUCGUACAACUGGACACGGCUGGAUGGACCUCUGCCGAGUGGGGUGCGAGCAAAAGGGGACACUCUGGGCUUUCCCCGACUGGCUCCUGAGCACAGUGGCAUCUACGUCUGCCAUGUCAGCAAUGAACUUUCUUCGAGGGAUUCUCAGGUCACCGUGGAAGUUCUUGCAGACCCUCAAGAUCCAGGGAAGCAAGUGGACCUCGUGUCGGCCUCAGUGGUGGUGGUGGGUGUGAUCGCUGCGCUCUUGUUCUGCCUCCUGGUGGUGGUGGUGGUCCUCAUGUCGCGGUAUCACCGGCGGAAAGCACAGCAGAUGACCCAGAAAUAUGAGGAGGAGCUGACUUUGACCAGGGAGAACUCCAUCCGGAGGCUGCAUUCCCACCAUUCGGACCCUAGGAGCCAGCCGGAGGAGAGUGUAGGGCUGAGAGCCGAGGGCCACCCUGAUAGUCUCAAGGACAACAGUAGCUGCUCUGUGAUGAGUGAAGAGCCAGAGGGCCGUAGUUACUCCACGCUGACCACCGUGAGGGAGAUAGAAACACAGACAGAACUGCUGUCUCCAGGCUCUGGGAGGACAGACGACGAGGAGGAUCAGGAUGAAGGCAUCAAACAGGCCAUGAACCAUUUUGUUCAGGAGAAUGGGACCCUGAGGGCCAAACCCACAGGCAACGGCAUCUACAUCAACGGGCGAGGGCACCUGGUCUGACCCAGGUCGGCCUCCCUCCCCAGGCCUGGUUUCUUCUGCUUCCGUGGGGGAUUUCAACUCUUCUAAGGGGAACCCUCCUCAAACGCCUGCAUUUCUUUAGGAAGAUACUUCCCAGCCCACUGACUGCUCCACUUUGACCUCCACUCCUUCUGUUCAUCAGGAGGGCUCCACUGGUUGAGUGCCUCCCAUCAUUGUGUGUAGGUCAUUUGUGUGUGUGUGUGUGUGUGUGUGUGUGUGUGUGUGUGUGUGUGUGUGUAAGCAUUCAUGGCACUCCAUUGUAUUUGCACAGAGGGGUGAUUGUCCAUGGUGCCUGGUGUGCAUUGUGAUGUCAUGUUGAGAGUCCAAGUGAAUGGUAUGUGUGACUCGGGCUUCGUGGCUGUGUGCAGAGCAUGGCCAGGGUGUGGCUUGUGAGCAGUUGCGUCUCAUGUGUGACCUCUGCCUGCAGAUGCAGGUAUUUUCCUCCGACCCCAGAGCAGUAUUAGUGAUGCAGAGGUUGGAAGUGAGAGGUGGAGACUAUGGGCCAGAUCCAGGUGUGCGGGCACAGCUGGAGCUCGAAUCUGACCUCCAGAGUGGGGGAGCUGUGUUCCCACACUCUGGGAGCAAGUGUGAAGCAGACGUCCAGGGGUCUGUCAGAGGCUUGAACUGUGGCAGAAGCCCUCUGCCCUCUGGUGGCCUGUGUGCCUGCUGCAUGUACAUACCUUCUGUAAACCAACCUCCGAGGGAACCUCUGGAGUUCGGUUCAGACUCCCUCAGUAAGAGAAAAAGACACUUAAAAACAAACCAACAAAACCCUUUUUGAAUUAGGAGCAUGCUUUUUUACUGGGCUUGUUUAAGCAAGGACAACCCACAUAGGCAUUCAACAAGACUGUUGAGCAAACCCCACAGCAGGGGCUAAUUCCUAUGGUUCUGGAAAGUUCUCCUCCUAGGGCACUUUCACCCAAAGAGGCUCUGGAGAGGAAGUGGGCAGCUGCCGGAGUCUGGAACCAGUGAUGUGAGAUAUAAACACUGGGAAAGGAGAAUAGAGAUGGGGUGCUUGGCUCCCUUGGCCCCUCAAACCUUCCCCUGGUUGUAUCUGCAGUUAUGUAUGCCUUCAUGGAGUUGGGACGUGGUGUCGAGGGCCCCGGGUUCAGUUGUGUAGAGGGCAGAGGGUAGCGAGGGAAGGUGGAAGUCCUGGUGAGGAGAAAGAGCUGCUGUGGGUGAAGGGUGUCAGUAGCUCCUUCCCCAGGGUCUCCUGAGUCAUUAAUUUGGGGCUCUUCUGGCACUUUCUAUGUGUGGGGCCUGGGGUUACAUGUUUUUCUUUAGCCUGCUCAAACAUACUCAGCCAGAAUACUGAGAUUUAGUAUCCAAACCCUGUGCGGCCUGACAUCUGGUCUAAAGGAGAGGCUUUCAUCCUAUUCCCAAGCAACCCAGGACUUGUGGACCCCGAGGAUCUGGGGUCCUAGUGUGUAUAUUUCAUGUAAAUAUAUGUAUAUUUGUACAUAAAAUGAUAUUCUGUUUUUAAAUAAACAGAUAAAACUUU